AUGAAAGUGAUGAAUCCUACUAACGCCUGCUUCCCGGUUCUAGUGGUCAUUCUUUUGAAUUCACCUCUUCUAACAACUGCCUAUUCUGUUCCUGCCAAGGCCGCCGACGAGGGCUCGUCGACAGUCUAUUCUUCACUCGGUGGAGUAUUUGGACUCCUGGUGCUUGCCUGUUGCUGCGUGUGCAUCUGCCGGGUGUGCUGUGGGCGCUCCAGACGAGACAGGCGCGUCACGGUGGUGAAUGCGGCGCCAACCUCGCAGCCGUGCAUGCGAGUGACGGUUGCCCCCACCAUAAUGAACUCCGCCGCACCGGCCACGGCGGGCCCUGCGGCGCCAGCCGCUCCCCUGCAGUACGCCCCCGUGCCAAUGUUCGACCCAGGUUUGACCAGUCACGCGUACUGCCCCACUGCCCCGCCGCAGCCCAUGCAGCAGUCCAUGAUGCAGCAGCCAGUGCGACAGCCACAGGCCCCGUGGGUUCCCCCUCCCAAGUACGCGCAGUGA